UAAUUAAAUAUUUUGUCUUUUGUUUUUCCCAGCCUUGCAGCUACAAUGGCUACUGUUUCUGAACCCCUUAUUUGGGAAAUUGUUAGAAAUAACAAUGCCUUUCUUGUGAAGCAGUUUGGAAAUGGUAAUGCUAAGGUACAGUUUAGCAAGGAGAAGAACAACCUUUAUAAUAUCCAUUCAUUCAAGUACUCUGGUUUGGCAAACAAAAAAACAAUCUCCAUUCAACCAGGAGGAAAGGAUCUCAGUGUUGUUCUUGCGACUUCAAAGAAGAAGCAGCAGAACAAGCCGGCUAGUGUUUCCCACAGAUCCUUACUGAAGAAGGAAUUCAAUAAGAUGGCAAAGGCUGUUACUAAUCAGGUAUCAGAUAACUAUUACAGACCUGAUUUGACAAAGGCAGCUCUUGCUAGGCUAAGUGCUGUUCAUCGGAGUCUCAAAGUUGCCAAAUCGGGCCCAAAGAAGAGGAAUCGGCAGAGACAGCCUCUGCCUAAGGCUAUCUAAACUUGAUAAUUUUCUGCUGUUAGAUCUGAGGCCUAUCAUUUCCUAUAUUGUGUCCUAUAUUGUCGAUUGUCUGGUAAUGGAAUCAGUUGCACCUUCAAUUUUUAUUGAAGGUAUGUUAUAUGUUCCCUCGUUGAGAAUGAUGCAUGAAUGCUUUAUAGAUCUAUCAAAUUGUUUUUUUUUUUCAUGAGACUGCUAUUCAUAUUUUAUUUUUUACUUA